AUGUCAACUACAAAUACUGAAGGGAAUGGUCGCGUCAGACCAAUGGCUAAGAGAUCUCCCUCUAUUUUAGUUACCGAUUCUCGUACUUCUAAAAACAGACUCAGUGCACCAUUUGCUGGUCAUGCUGCUGGUGUUCUUAACAGAGACGAACAUCGUCUACCUCGAAAUAAAUCAUAUCGUUAUAACGCAACUAAUUCUAAUGCUGAACUCAGAGGAAGACAUCCCAGCGGCGGUGGGGGUAGAUUCAGUGAUGUCUCCAUUGAUAACAUCCUAUCGGAUAGUUCAGAUGUUCCCUCUGGUCGUAGAGAAGAACGUUUGUCCAACUCGUCUUUGGAGAGAUCACCAUUAGUAACUGAUCGUGCUCAUUCUCGUUCUCAAUACCAAAGAAAAACAAUUAACCCAUUACCUUCAAGAACCUCCAAGACUUCUCAAAGAUUGGUAUUGAUUCCAGAAGAAGGUGACAAUGUUAGUAAAGAUGAUAUACGAGGGAAUAUAAGUAGUGGUCUUGACAGGAAACGUCAUACACCUAUACCCAAAUAUAAUGAUGAAUAUUACCAACCCGAACCAAGAACGCAUAAAUUAGCAAGGAUCACAGCAUACAAUGUCGCAGAAGGUUUCAACUUAAGUCUUCUUUCGAAGUUUCUUCAAGAUACACACGAAGUAUCCCCUAGAAUGUAUGACGAAUGUUUAUAUGUUGCCUAUACCUUGCCCUUGUUACCUGGCAAAGAUGGAUUUAGAAUCAAAUCAAAUGUUUCCAAGAAAUUCGUUGGUGGUAUGACAUUGAUUGAUAAGUUAAUAGAUACAAGUGAACAAAGAGAUCAUCAUUAUGAAUAUUUUUCAGGUGUUGAAACGUUAGAAGAUGCAAAUAAUAAUUAUGAAUUAAAUCCAACGUCACCUCCAAUGGAAAAUGUUGAAAACCAACCUAUACCGACACAUUUACCUGUACCUCCUACAAAUCCAGAUGCAUUCAAUCCAAGUGAGCCUCAGUUUUUUGCAGAAGAGACACCCAUUGAACAGAAAUUACGUGAACAAAAUGAAAGAUUGAAUAUCGUUCCAACUAACAUAGCAAUGAAUUCUUCUCAAGUGGCUGCUAACGGAGAUCAACAUGCUGAAAUCUUUGUGUUCCAUUAUGGUGUCAUUGUAUUUUGGAAUUUUACUGAAGUGCAAGAGAAAAACUUACUUGGUGAUAUUACUUUCUCAUAUUAUAGAAGGAAUCUUGUCAUUAGACCAUUAGAUGAACAAGAUAUUGAAACAGAACAAUUCCACUUUGGUUAUGAUAAAAACACUGAACGACCUCGGAUAUUUAAUGAUAUUGUCACGCUACGAUCUGGAGAUCAUAUGAUUGAAUUAACUUUAUCACAUGCCAUUGCGCAAUCCUCCAAAUUAUCAAGAUUUGAAUCAAGAAUAUCCCCACUGUUAACAUCAAUCACAAAAUUACCGAAAAGAUUAGCUUUGUAUGGAACAUUGGGACUUAAAAGAAGUCAAUUAUUGAAGAAAUCUGGUAAAUUAUUUAAACUACGGGUUGAUGUUAAUCUUUCGUCCAGUAUAUUAGAUUCACCGGAAUUUUUUUGGUCCACUGAACCUAGUCUUUCGCCAUUAUAUAUUGCCAUGAGAGAAUAUUUAGAAAUUGAUCAACGUGUUCAAGUACUAAAUGAUAGAUGUAUUGUCUUUUUGGAAUUUUUCGAUAUAUGUGUGGAUUCUGUGGCAGAGAAAAACAUUGCGAGGUUUACAUGGUGGUUUGUCAUUGCCAUUAUUGUCGGUCUAUUCUUUUCUUUAAGUGAAAUAUUUGUUCGUUAUAUAAUUAUACAUAAUCGCUGA